AUGGACUUGAAGGCACGAAAAGCAGCUAAUUUAUCAGUACUAAGGCGUCACGAUCCUUCUAUCAUUGAUCUACUAGAUCAAUCUAGUCACGCAGUUGUUUACUGUUUCGACCAAUCCAAGGCUGGCUGGGCAAAGAAAGGAAUUGAAGGCACCGUUUUUUUAAUCAAAAGAAACGUACCUCCUCACUACGGAAUAUACAUUUUAAACCGCCUGAGCAUAGACAACUAUCGUUUGUUAUUGACUGAAGAUUUGGUGAUAGAACUACAAGAUGAGUACAUUAUAUACCAAACACCAUCAGAUGAUAUAUGCUGCCUUUGGCUGUAUGAAGUUGACGAUCGCGAAAGGAUAUGUAAAGAGAUGAUAAAGUAA